UUGUAAUUCACUAACCACCAAAUAAAAUGGCUUCUCCAUCAUCACCAAUAACUCUCAAGAACCCAAUAUUCUUCACUUCUUUCCCUCACAACAUCUUCAAAACCAAACCUAAAACCCUAAUCUUGACAACAAAGAUCAAGACUUGUUCCAUCAUUUGCUCAACGUCAUGCACAAGCGUAAACUCUUCAACAACUCAACAGAAUCUGAAACAGAAUCAAACCCUUGUUUCAGACAACAAACGAGAAGAAGAGAAGGCACUAGUCAAAGAAGAAGGAAAAGCAGCACUCGAAGUAGAAGAAGAAGUGAAUCUUCGAGAGAUUUGGAGAGAAGUACAAGGUUGUAAUAACUGGGAAGGACUACUAGAUCCAAUGAACAAUCAUCUUCGAAGAGAGAUCAUACGUUACGGAGAAUUUGCUCAAGCUUGUUACGACUCAUUCGACUUCGAUCCUCACUCUAAAUACUGUGGCUCUUGCAAAUACCAUCCUUCCGAUUUCUUCCCAAACCUUGACUUAAAUCUCCACAAAGGCUACACCAUAACACGUUACCUCUACGCAACGUCCAACAUCAACCUCCCAAACUUCUUCCAAAGAUCAAAACUCAGCUCGAUUUGGAGCCAACACGCGAACUGGAUGGGUUACGUUGCAGUAGCUACGAACGAAGAAGAAGUGGCUCGGCUCGGGAGACGUGACAUAGUCAUCGCUUGGAGAGGCACAGUCACUUAUCUCGAAUGGAUCUAUGACUUGAAAGAUAUUCUUUGUUCAGCUAACUUUGGAGACGACCCUUUGAUCAAGAUUGAAUUAGGGUUUCAUGAUUUGUAUACCAAGAAAGAAGAUUCUUGCAAAUUCUCUUCCUUUUCGGCUCGAGAACAGGUUUUAGCCGAAGUCAAACGGCUUCUUGAGUACUACGGUACCGGAGAAGAAGGUCACGAGAUAAGCAUCACGGUGACAGGUCAUAGUCUCGGCGCAGCUCUUGCUUUGGUCAGUGCUUAUGAUAUCGCAGAGCUAAACUUAAAUCACAUACCGGAAAAGAACUACAAAGUUCCCAUAAGCGUGUUCUCCUUCUCGGGACCUCGAGUAGGUAACCUUAGGUUCAAGGAAAGAUGCGAAGAACUAGGGCUUAAAGUCCUGAGAGUGGUAAACGUGCACGACAAGGUACCUUCCGUUCCAGGGAUAUUUACAAACGAAAAGUUUCAGUUUCAAAAGUAUAUCGAAGAAACAACAUCAUUCCCAUGGAGCUACGCGCAUGUAGGUGUCGAGCUUGCAUUGGACCACAAGAAAAGCCCGUUUCUGAAACAGACUAAGGAUUUGGGAUGCGCACACAACCUAGAAGCUUUGCUUCAUUUGGUAGAUGGAUAUCAUGGGAAAGAAGAAGGAGGAGAGAAGAAGUUUUGUUUGGUGACAAAGAGAGACAUAGCUUUAGUGAACAAGAGUUGUGAUUUCUUGAGAAGCGACUAUCACGUGCCGCCUUGUUGGAGACAAGACGAGAACAAAGGGAUGGUCAAGAACGAAGAUGGACGGUGGAUUUUGCCGGAUCGACCACGGCUCGAGCCUCAUCAACCUGAGGAUAUUACACAUCAUCUUCAAAAAGUUAUUGGGAAAUUUAACGACGGUGAUCCUAAACCCACCAUCACAGUCAAACGCCUUGGUCAAAAUUAAUUUUUUUUAAAUAAUUAAAUCAUAUGAUAAGGAUGCUUUGUUUUGGAAUUUUGUGAAUGCUCAAGGAUCCAAUUGUGAAUAGACUAUCCGAACCUGUCUGUUUUGUCUGCAUCACAACACAAUUUGAA